AUGACAUCCUACAAAGAUCAACACAGGUUCCGCUCUGUGGACCCAAACAAUCGUCCUCCGCGCCCGGUCCGGCAACAGCCUCCGCGCAUCCCCAAGGGGGUUGAGGAUAUCCGACAGACCAAGGAGUACAAGACUGCUGCGCGCAGAUGGCUUUCAACCAUUGUCGCACUGCCCAUUGUUAUUGUUUCGUCAUAUGUUCUCUAUGAGCGUCGUAAGUUCUCGGAAACCAACAAGAUUCCAACAAAAGGCUUGGGUACUGACUGA